CCGUCACCGAUAUUCGCCCCAACGACCUUCACACAGAUACUGUUACAGUCACCGGCUGACAGCAACAUGAAGUGCGAGUGGACAACAUUUAAGACUUUGGGGGAAUUGCCCCUUGGUAGAAGUAGCCAUUCAACAGUGGUUAUAGGCAGAAAGGCGUAUAUAUUCGGCGGUGAAAACAUCCCUCGUGUACCAAUUAGCAACAUUAUCCAUUGUCUGGACAUGGACACGUGCACUUGGUCUGAACUUACUACGACAGGAGAUGUUCCAGCACCAAGAAACGCACACACCGCCACCGCAGUAGGUCACGUGAUGUACGUGUUUGGAGGAAGAACUGGAAUUAAUAUGGGCGAAGGAAGCUUCAAUGAGCUGUAUGCUUUCGAUACCAGCAACAAUGUUUGGACUCUUUUGAAACCUUCUGGCGUCGCACCUACCCCUAGGAGUUUCCACGCCAUGACUGUUAUAGGAAAUCGUCUUUUCGUGUUUGGCGGGUGUGGAGAAGAGGGCCGUUUAAACGAUCUGCAUUCGUAUGAUAUAGAAGCAAACACCUGGCAGAAAGAGCCAAUCAACAAAGACAUCGACGGACGAGGUGGUGCUGGUCUCAUUGCCAUUGGAAAUGACGUGUUUGUCGUUGCAGGUUUUGCAGGUCGAGAGAUGAGUGAUGUCCAUAAGUACGACACUGUCUCCAAAACAUGGUCAAAACUGACCACUGACAAGGCCCUUCCCCCGAGGUCCGUCUUUGGAAUCACAUCCGUAUCCACUUUCAUUAUUGUGUGGUUUGGGGAGGUAGAUCCAUCCGAUAAGGGACAUUUAGGAGCUGGGGGAUUUUCUAAAGACGGGUAUGUAAUGGACGUUAGUUGCAAAACCGGAUGGGAGUUGAUUAAAUGCACAGGAGAAACACCCGAAGAGAGAGGAUGGAUGCAUAUCGCUCCUGGUAAUUUGAAUGGUAAAGAUGGCGUAUUUGUAUUUGGAGGAAACAACAUAAACAACGAAAGGUUAAAUGAUAGCCAUUUUCUGUCUAUCAAGCUGUAACAACAAAACGACCACCUGCUUUCUUGGAUAUGGACAUGGACGACUUAAAAUACUUUCAGCAGAUAACGCUUCACAAAUUUCAUCACAUUUGUUUUCUCAGAAAGAAACAAUAAUAUUGGCAGCAUUUUGAAAAAGAAGAUACAGAACAGUUAUAAUAUUUAACGCUUUUUUUGUUUGUAUCAAGUCGAUGUGCGCAUAAAUAUUGAUUAUUGAUAUAUUGGAUAACCAUUUUUCCAUUAUGCAGAUUUGGAUACCAUCGUUAAUUCUUUGUCUCUGUCACUUUGAUAUACAAUGUAUGUGACGUUUUAGCCACUGUCUUGUUAUACAUCAAUCAGCAAAAAUAUUGAUAGGUCCCAAUUGAUGUUUAAUUUUGGUGUAAUUGAUUGUUUGAUGUGUAAUUUUGGUGUAAUUGAUUGUGUGAUGUUUAAUUUGGUGUAAUUGAUUGUUUGAUGUUUAAUUUUGGUGUAAUUGAUUGUUUGAUGUUUAAUUUUGGUGUAAUUAAUUGGUUGAUGUUUAAUUUUGGUGUAAUUGAUUGUUUGAUGUUUAAUUUUGGUGUAAUUGAUUGUUUGAUGUUUAAU